AUGAAAAAUUUAACUAGUAAAAAUCUGAUUAGUAAUUUAAAAAUUCCAUCCCCUGGUUGUGAAAAUGUUAUACAAACAAAACAACAAGUAAAUGUACGAAAAAAUACGAAUGGAUCUUGGAAGGAUAUUUUCUUUGGUGGUAAUCGUGGAGCCCAAAAUCGUGAAGUGAAUCGGGAUAUAAGAUUUUUACCGUUAUUCACUGUAUUACAAAUUGGUCCUGGUUAUUGUACAGCUCCAUCAGGGGAAUUAGGAACAUGCCUUGCUAACAACGACUGUAUAUUAAGAGGAGGUAUUUUAGGAGGACCUUGUGCUGGAGGUUACGGAAUUUGUUGCAUUUUUAUGCAGACUUGUGGUGGAAUAAUACGUGAGAAUGGAACUUAUUUCGUUAAUCCAAAUCAUCCUGAAACUUAUGACACGACUGGAAGUUGUCAAGUAACUGUACAAAAAUUACAUCCAGACAUUUGUCAAUUAAGAUUAGACUUGGAUCUAUUUUCAAUACAACCGCCAGAGCCUAUGAAUCAUAUUUGUAAUCAAGACCAAUUGUUAAUAUCUGGUGGAAGCCCAGCUCCAAUAAUAUGCGGAACCUCUAAUGGCGAUCAUAUGUAUAUUGAUGCGGGGCUCGGUCAAAGUAAUCCAAUUAUAAUUUCUGUUAUUACAAGUGGCGGAAGCUUUCCCAGAAUAUGGAGAAUAAGAGUUACUCAAAUUCAUUGUGGUAGUAUAUAUAGAACAGAUUCUGGUUGUUUACAAUUUUUUACAGGGAUAAGCGGAAAAGUUAAAAGUUUUAACUUUAAUACAGUUUCUGGAAGACAAUUAUCAAAUCAGGACUACAGCAUAUGUAUUAGAACUGAAAGAAAUUUUUGUAGUAUACAAUAUAAUCAAUGUUUAGAUAUGGAAAAUAAUCGCUCAAGAUCUUUUACAAUAUCUGGCAAUUCAAAUCAACCCGUUUCAUCAAUGGUUGGUAGUGGUACGACUGGACAACCAAAUUCUUGCCCAAAUGAUUGGUUACUUAUAGGAUGCAUAAAAGUAGCUGAUCGUGUACCACAAAUAAGCGCAUGCGAAGAUCGAGUUUGUGGAGGAACAUUCAAUGCAGAAAUAAGUACAAUGCCCAGAACAGUACAAACUAGUGUAAGACCAUUUAGGCUAACGUUUCAUACAGAUGGUGUUGAAGCUCCUACCGAUGUUGAUAAUAGAGGAUUUUGUUUAGAUUAUGUACAACAACCAUGUACGAAUGCUGGAUAA